AUGACCAAUUGGCCCGAUGUCCCCUGCAAGCCCGCUGAGGGCAUCUCGUACUUCACUCCGCCGCAAACCCCUCCCGCCGGAACCGCCCGUAACCCUCAAUCGAAUGGAAAGCCGAUCCCGAAGCUCUUCAACCCCCUCACAAUCCGCGGGCAAACAUUUCAAAACCGCCUUGGCCUGGCUCCCAUAUGCCAGUACAGCGCUGAGGAUGGCCACAUGACCCCUUGGCACUUCGCUCAUUAUGGUGGUAUCGCGCAGCGCGGACCGGGCAUGAUGAUAAUUGAAGCAACUGCCGUGCUUCCCGAAGGACGUAUCACGCCGGGAUGUGCUGGAUUGUGGAAGGACUCGCAGAUUGGCCCUCUUCGACAGGUGGUUGAAUUUGCGCAUAGCCAGGGCCAGAAGAUCGGCAUUCAGCUCGCCCACGCAGGUCGGAAGGCAUCGACCCUCGCCCCUUGGUUGGGCGGAGGCGUUGCAACGAAUGCGGUUGGCGGAUGGAUCGAGAACCUGAAAGCCCCGAGUGCGAUUCCUUUCACCGACGGAGGCAUCGUGCCGAACGAGAUGAGUGCCCAGGAUAUCCGGACUUCAAGGAUGCCUGGGUGGCGGCUGCUAAGCGAGCUUUGA